CACAAAUAUAUCAUCUUUUUCUCUCCAAACUAACACUAGAAUUUAUUUGCUCUCAAGAUGUCUUCUUCAAAUAAACCACAUUACGAUUCCGAUGAUACCAAAGUGGUAUAUGAUGAGGGAAACAACCGCUGGACGUUUAAGCCGAGGGGGUUAAGCAUCAUAUGGGGAAAAGACAGACGCUACUGGAACUUGCCUGAUCAGUCAAGCUCGGAUGAAACACCAGCAGAGCUAGUGCAAGUGUGUUGGCUUGAAGUAACGGGUACAACAAACAAAUCCUUAAAAGAAGGGAAGUACAAAAUUAAAUUCGAAGUAUCGAAGAAAACAGAUGCAUUUGGUUGGGAUGGUUGUCCUGUUUUUAUGAUGGCCAAGUUAGGGAAGAAGGGAAGGUACAGAUGGAGCAAAAUCGACCUAUCAAAAGUAGGCACAGACAAGUCACCAAUUACCUCGGAAUUUGUCAUUGAAGUUAGUAAAGGAACGGAGGAUAACAAGCUUUAUUUUGGUUUGUAUGAAGUGUGGACAGGCAAAUGGAAGGGAGGUUUGCAAAUUCACCAGGCCAUAGUUGAAGAAGUGAAACCUUGAGAUUUGGUUCAAACCAACCAGUGUCUUACAAUCCUAUUUUAGAUGUAACGCAAUAAUGAGACCUGUCUAGUUUUACCAAACUUGUCUGUUGUGUAGUGUCCUUAAGAUUUAUGUGCUGCUGUUCUAACAUCAAAUAAUUGACUGCCUCGUGUACUUCUUUUAUCUUCAACUAAACUUACUUUGAUGAUUGCUUUCUAGCUA